UUUAUCCAAAGCGACUUACAGUCAUGUGUGCAUACAUUUGUUGUUGACAACUACAGAUCAUAUUGACACAUUGAUAGACCUUUGGCACUAAAUGGACUUCAUAUACAGUAAAUGGACGUAAUACUCUGUGUGUCCUCAGUGUUGGGAGAAUCAGUUUGGUAAAGAGAUGUACAAGCUCUCUGUGUAUGAUUUCCUGGCCUGUUUCUGCAACACCUUCUUCAUCGCCUAUCCUAGAAAGUAAGUUUAUGUUCUGCUUUCUGAAGGAAUAUUUCUGAUGAAAACGUAUUUGGCCCAAUGGAACAGAGCACUUGUAGGCUUGUGGAACCCUCGCUUUCACCUGUCCAAUCAUCUCAGAUCAGUUCAUACUGUAGUGAAUUUUGUGGGUUGCCCCGACUGGGACUUGAAGCCGGGUCCAGCAACUGUCAACUAAACAACUUAGCUGUCACGUCAAGAGAUCCAAACUUCUUGACAAGGUUGCCAGGUGUUGGGUUGCCAGGUGUUGGGUUGCUACAACAAGGGAGGAAGAAAGGAUAUGUGUUUUGGAUGUUUUCUAACAGUAUCCUUCAUCUUGUUGUCCCUCCAUCCCUCCAUCCCUCCAUCCCUCCUCACAGGUGGUUGGUGGAAAUGUACCCAUCGUCUUGGUUGGCGCGGUUGUCGGGGAAACAGCGUUUCCUGAUCCCGUUCAAUGUUCUAGACCUGGUGUACAGUCAGACGGUCACCUGGGUAGGACUGUUCUAUUGUCCCCUGCUGCCAUACAUAGGGAUUGUCAAACUGGUGGCCAUCUUUUACAUUAAGAAGGUGAGUGUUGUUGUUGUUAACAUAAGUCUUUCUCUCAACAUAUUACUGCCCAUCAUCUAUCACUGUUUAAUUUCUCCCUUCUGCCUUGCUCUCUCUCCCCCCUCCCCCUCCUCCCCCCUCCCCCUCCCAGUUGACAGUACUCCAGUGCUGUGUUCCGGCCCAGAGAAUGUUCCGUGCCUCCAGUUCUUCAGUUCUGUUCCACUUCAUGUUACUACUGGGUCUCAUCAUGGCAGCCAUCACCCUUGGAAGUAACCUCCAACAGUAAGACCUCACUACUCUCUCCUCUCCUCUUUCACUCCUGUUUCUCUCUACUAGAAUCACCCUCCACCAGUAAUUAUGAAGAAAUAGAGACAGAUCAUAAUUGCUCCUCUGGUUCCUUGAGUCUGAUUCCUCUCAAGGUUUCUGCCUAUCCACAAAGCACUGUACUUGUUCUCUUCUCUAUUUGCCCCUUCUCUUCUUUACACCCCCCCCCCCCCCCCCCCAGGUUUCCCCCCUCCUCCAGCUGUGGUCCGUUCGUGGGCAGCACUACAGUGUUUAAUGUAACAGAUGUGUGUGUGGACAGUCUGCCAGGACUGGCCCAGUCCACCCUGAGAUACCUGUCCUCAGAGGCCUUCAUUCUGCCUCUGAUACUGGCUCAGAUGUAGGUGAUAUAGAUCAUACACACACACAUACACAUAAACACACGUACACACACAUACACACAUAUACACACACACACACACACACACACACACACACACCAGCCUGCCUCCCAAUGCUACUGGCUCAGAUGUGCAGUAGGUGAUAUAGAACCUGACUCCUCUCAUAGAUUCUGUUUCUUGCAGAUCAUAGAAAUAUAAUAAGUAGAACAUAGCACGUUCCUGUUGCCAUGGAUGUAAAUGUUACAGAUCGUAUAUCAUGUUACCCUUUUCCCCAGUGUUGUCCUGACCUCCUUAGAGUCGCGGAGGAGAGCCAAUGGAAAAGCCGUUGAGAGACUGAAGGACAUGCUGGUGAUGGUAGGUUACCUACUGAUAACAGUAUUAGUUAACUCUAACCCAGCUGGUGAUGGUAGGUUACCUACUGAUAACAGUAUUAGUUAACCUUAACCCAGCUGGUGAUGGUAGGUUACCUACUGAUAACAGUAUUAGUUAACCCUAACCCAGCUGGUGAUGGUAGGUUACCUACUGAUAACAGUAUUAGUUAACCUUAACCCAGCUGGUGAUGGUAGGUUACCUACUGAUAACAGUAUUAGUUAACCCUAACCCAGCUGGUGAUGGUAGGUUACCUACUGAUAACAGUAUUAGUUAACCCUAACUCAGCUGGUAAAUGCAUGGAGAGACUGAAGGACAUGAUGGUGGUUUGUGUCUUCAUAGUAAGUUCAAGUAAUGCAAUACAUCUGAAGGCAUAAAACAUUAAUUCUCUCUCUCGCUCUCUUUCUCUGUGUCACUCCCUCAGUGCACCUCAGAUAAGCAUUUUCUGCUGAAGCAGCACACUCUCUCACUCAGACGCCAGAAGAAAACCUUCAAGGUCUCCACCACUGUUUCAGGCACUAGAGAGGGCAGCCAUAUCGCUCAACUGAAGGACCCCUCUGCACAGCUUACAGGCGACGACAGCCCAUCAUAGAGAUAGAUGGAGGACUCUAGUGCCCAAAAGCCCGUUUUAGCAUGGCCAGCGCCAUUCAGGACUUUCACAAUUUUUAAGUAGUCAACUGGGUGUUACUUUCUAUGGGUUAAGGAAGGAUCACAUGAUUCCAUCCAGGUCAUCAGGAGGGAUCAGCCAAAUAAUUAUACUUGUGAGGAAACAUUCCAUAACUGCAGGUAGCUGUAAAUCGCCAACCCUGUCUUUAUACCUGUUCAAACAACACACUCCAGGUGGCAGUAUGCACCCUUUCAGUUUGUUAACCAACUCAUAGAAGUAGUAGAAAAAGAAAAUUAACUACUUCGAAAUGGAGAUGGCUUCAAUGGUGCUGCCCAUGCUCUCACAGACGCCAUAUUGGGACAGAUACAAUGUUGUGUUCUCUAACUAUCUCUAUGCAGCCCAUAGAGUUAGAAAUAGAGCCCACCCUCUAUCUUUGCGCCAAAUGCACCCUCUAUCCAACUCUAUGGAACAUACAUAGCCAAAUGGCACCCUAUUCCAUAUUUAGCUCACAAAAGUAGUAGUAGAUGUGACCUUUGAGCUUUUUGUCACUCCCUAACAUUCAGGGUUUAUUGCUUUGGGCUGUACCUAAAUGUCAUAUACAGUAUUAAGAACAACAGGAGUAGAGCUACAGUACUAGUGUUAGUGUACUGAUGUGUUUAGUGGCUAUGAUGCAGUUGUAGUUGUCUGCUAAAUGGCUUAUUAUCAUUGGGGAUUCUGUUGCUAUAGAGGCUGUACUUGUAAACAGUGUUAAGGAUGAAGUUCUGCUAAUGUGUACUGUUACAAUACUGAUGUGUUUAAUGGUUUUAAAUAUAGAUGUGAAAGUUCUUACUAUGAAAUAGAUGUUGUUUCUGCAGCAGCUUGAGUCAAGUUGAUAUGUUUUUUUUUUUUUUUUUUUUUAUCUAAUACUGUUUUUAAAUGUGAACUUCUAUGAAUGCAGUUAUGAAAUAGCUUUUUAUUAAAACGUGAUGUUGUAGUUUUCUCAACCCUGGUUCCUGGUGUCAUUCAUUCAUUACUAAACCCUGUGAAUUUAGUACGGUAAAUUGUAGUAGGUUAGUAUUCAUAGUGUAUGGUCCAGAUGGCCAGUAUAGUUGUAGUAGGUUAGUAGUCAUAGUGUGUGGUCUAGAGGGCCAGUAUAGUUGGAGUAGGUUAGUAGUCAUAGUGUGUGGUCCAGAUGGCCAGUAUAGUUGUAGUAGGUUAGUAGUCAUAGUGUGUGGUCUAGAUGGCCAGUAUAGUUGUAGUAGGUUAGUAGUCAUAGUGUGUGGUCCAGAUGGCCAGUAUAGUUGGAGUAGGUUAGUAGUCAUAGUGUGUGGUCCAGAUGGCCAGUAUAGUUGGAGUAGGUUAGUAGUCAUAGUGUGUGGUCCAGAUGGCCAGUAUAGUUGGAGUAGGUUAGUAGUCAUAGUGUGUGGUCUAGAUGGCCAGUAUAGUUGGAGUAGGUUAGUAGUCAUAGUGUGUGGUCUAGAUGGCCAGUAUAGUUGGAGUAGGUUAGUAGUCAUAGUGUGUGGUCCAGAUGGCCAGUAUAGUUGGAGUAGGUUAGUAGUCAUAGUGUGUGGUCUAGAUGGCCAGUAUAGUUGGAGUAGGUUAGUAGUCAUAGUGUGUGGUCUAGAUGGGCAGUAUAGUUGGAGUAGGUUAGUAGUCAUAGUGUGUGGUCUAGAUGGCCAGUAUAGUUGGAGUAGGUUAGUAGUCAUAGUGUGUGGUCCAGAUGGCCAGUAUAGUUGGAGUAGGUUAGUAGUCAUAGUGUGUGGUCUAGAUGGCCAGUAUAGUUGGAGUAGGUUAGUAGUCAUAGUGUGUGGUCCAGAUGGCCAGUAUAGUUGGAGUAGGUUAGUAGUCAUAGUGUGUGGUCCAGAUGGCCAGUAUAGUUGUAGUAGGUUAGUAGUCAUAGUGUGUGGUCCAGAUGGUCAGUAUAGUUGGAGUAGGUUAGUAGUCAUAGUGUGUGGUCUAGAUGGGCAGUAUAGUUGGAGUAGGUUAGUAGUCAUAGCGUGUGGUCUAGAUGGGCAGUAUAGUUGUAGUAGGUUAGUAGUCAUAGUGUGUGGUCCAGAUGGCCAGUAUAGUUGGAGUAGGUUAGUAGUCAUAGUGUGUGGUCCAGAUGGCCAGUAUAGUUGGAGUAGGUUAGUAGUCAUAGUGUGUGGUCCAGAUGGCCAGUAUAGUUGGAGUAGGUUAGUAGUCAUAGUGUGUGGUCUAGAUGGCCAGUAUAGUUGGAGUAGGUUAGUAGUCAUAGUGUGUGGUCUAGAUGGCCAGUAUAGUUGGAGUAGGUUAGUAGUCAUAGUGUGUGGUCCAGAUGGCCAGUAUAGUUGGAGUAGGUUAGUAGUCAUAGUGUGUGGUCUAGAUGGCCAGUAUAGUUGGAGUAGGUUAGUAGUCAUAGUGUGUGGUCCAGAUGGCCAGUAUAGUUGGAGUAGGUUAGUAGUCAUAGUGUGUGGUCCAGAUGGCCAGUAUAGUUGUAGUAGGUUAGUAGUCAUAGUGUGUGGUCCAGAUGGUCAGUAUAGUUGGAGUAGGUUAGUAGUCAUAGUGUGUGGUCUAGAUGGGCAGUAUAGUUGGAGUAGGUUAGUAGUCAUAGCGUGUGGUCUAGAUGGGCAGUAUAGUUGUAGUAGGUUAGUAGUCAUAGUGUGUGGUCCAGAUGGCCAGUAUAGUUGGAGUAGGUUAGUAGUCAUAGUGUGUGGUCCAGAUGGCCAGUAUAGUUGGAGUAGGUUAGUAGUCAUAGUGUGUGGUCCAGAUGGCCAGUAUAGUUGGAGUAGGUUAGUAGUCAUAGUGUGUGGUCUAGAUGGCCAGUAUAGUUGGAGUAGGUUAGUAGUCAUAGUGUGUGGUCUAGAUGGGCAGUAUAGUUGGAGUAGGUUAGUAGUCAUAGUGUGUGGUCUAGAUGGCCAGUAUAGUUGUAGUAGGUUAGUAGUCAUAGUGUGUGGUCUAGAUGGGCAGUAUAGUUGGAGUAGGUUAGUAGUCAUAGUGUGUGGUCUAGAUGGGCAGUAUAGUUGGAGUAGGUUAGUAUUCAUAGCGUGUGGUCCAGAUGGCCAGUAUAGUUGUAGUAGGUUAGUAGUCAUAGUGUGUGGUCUAGAUGGCCAGUAUAGUUGUAGUAGGUUGGUAGUCAUAGCGUGUGGUCUAGAUGGCCAGUAUAGUUGUAGUAGGUUAGUAGUCAUAGCGUGUGGUCUAGAUGGCCAGUAUAGUUGUAGUAGGUUAGUAGUCAUAGUGUGUGGUCUAGAUGGGCAGUAUAGUUGUAGUAGGUUAGUAGUCAUAGUGUGUGGUCUAGAUGGCCAGUAUAGUUGUAGUAGGUUAGUAGUCAUAGCGUGUGGUCUAGAUGGGCAGUAUAGUUUAAGCAUUUUUUUUACGAGAGACGCACAUACUCACGUUAUCUUUCUCUAGCAUGUGGUGGACCGUGCAAAAACCUUACACACACACACACACACACACACAUACACACCCAUGACACUUAUACAGACAAUAUGCUAUGGAUGAAGACCGAACCUGGGUAUGAAGAACAAACAAGAAUUAUGUUUAUUGCCUGUUUUAGGUGAGUCAGUGAAACAUUUUUAUUUAUUUUUUAAACAAAGUUAUACCCUGGCCCCAGAUCUGUUUGUGCUCUUGCCAACUCCAUUGCUGUCAUUGUCAAGCCAAACAUGGCAAUGCCAUAGGGAGUUGGCAACAGAGCAGAAAAAGACUAGCACCCAGACUAAAAUAGUAAAGUUGAGUAGUUGUGUGUGUCCUGUACUAAUGUAUUUCUACUGGUUUGUUCUCUUCCAGUUGUGGCCUGUCUGGUGUCCAUAAUGGGUAUGUAUUCAAAUUGUUCCAUAUUUCUGUUUUCCAAUUGCAUUAAAUUAAAAGUUGUAUCUCAAAUAUUAUUAUUUUCACAGCCUAUUACAGUGAGGAAAAAAAGUAUUUAGUCAGCCACCAAUUGUGCAAGUUCUCCCACUUAAAAACAUGAGAGAGGCCUGUAAUUUUCAUCAUAGGUACACGUCAACUAUGACAGACAAAAUGAGGAAAAAAAAUCCAGAAAAUCACAUUGUAGGAUUUUUUAUGAAUUUAUUUGCAAAUUAUGGUGGAAAAUAAGUAUUUGGUCAAUAACAAAAGUUUCUCAAUACUUUGUUAUAUACCCUUUGUUGGCAAUGACACAGGUCAAACGUUUUCUGUAAGUCUUCACAAGGUUUUCACACACUGUUGCUGGUAUUUUGGCCCAUUCCUCCAUGCAGAUCUCCUCUAGAGCAGUGAUGUUUUGGGGCUGUCGCUGGGCAACACGGACUUUCAACUCCCUCCAAAGAUUUUCUAUGGGGUUGAGAUCUGGAGACUGGCUAAGCCACUCCAGGACCUUGAAAUGCUUCUUACGAAGCCACUCCUUCGUUGCCCGGGCAGUGUGUUUGGGAUCAUUGUCAUGCUGAAAGACCCAGCCACGUUUCAUCUUCAAUGCCCUUGCUGAUGGAAGGAGGUUUUCACUCAAAAUCUCACAAUACAUGGCCCCAUUCAUUCUUUCCUUUACACGGAUCAGUCGUCCUGGUCCCUUUGCAGAAAAACAGCCCCAAAGCAUGUUGUUUCCACCCCCAUGCUUCACAGUAGGUAUGGUGUUCUUUGGAUGCAACUCAGCAUUCUUUGUCCUCCAAACAAGACGAGUUGAGUUUUUACCAAAAAGUUAUAUUUUGACCAUAUGACAUUCUCCCAAUCCUCUUCUGGAUCAUCCAAAUGCACUCUAGCAAACUUCAGACGGGCCUGGACAUGUACUGGCUUAAGCAGGGGGACACAUCUGGCAAUGCAGGAUUUGAGUCCCUGGCGGCGUAGUGUGUUACUGAUGGUAGGCUUUGUUACUUUGGUCCCAGCUCUCUGCAGGUCAUUCACUAGGUCCCCCCGUGUGGUUCUGGGAUUUUUGCUCACCGUUCUUGUGAUCAUUUUGACCCCACGGGGUGAGAUCUUGCGUGGAGCCCCAGAUCGAGGGAGAUUAUCAGUGGUCUUGUAUGUCUUCCAUUUCCUAAUUAUUGCUCCCACAGUUGAUUUCUUCAAACCAAACUGCUUACCUAUUGCAGAUUCAGUCUUCCCAGCCUGGUGCAGGUCUACAAUUUUGUUUCUGGUGUCCUUUGACAGCUCUUUGGUCUUGGCCAUAGUGGAGUUUGGAGUGUGACUGUUUGAGGUUGUGGACAGGUGUCUUUUAUACUGAUAACAAGUUCAAACAGGUGCCAUUAAUACAGGUAAUGAGUGGAGGACAGAGGAGUCUCUUAAAUAAGAAGUUACAGGUCUGUGAGAGCCAGAAAUCUUGCUUGUUUGUAGGUGACCAAAUACUUAUUUUCCACCAUAAUUUGCAAAUAAAUUCAUUAAAAGUCCUACAUUGUGAUUUUCUGGAAUUUUUUUCUCUCAAUUUGUCUGUCAUAGUUGACGUGUACCUAUGAUGAAAAUUACAGGCCUCUCUCAUCUUUUUAAGUGGGAGAACUUGCACAAUUGGUGGCUGACUAAAUACUUUUUUCCACCACUGUAUAUCACCAAAUUGUUCAAUGAGAAAAUGUAAAAUGAACUUGUGUGAGUUUUCACAGCCAUACUAAGCUCUCCAACCGUUUGACAGCAACGUACUAAAGAACCAAAACAAAUCUAAAACCACGUUUCUGAGCUCUGUGGCCCCCUCCCUAGCUCUGGGCUGAAGUUUCCUCUAGUUACAGAUCUAGGAUCUGCUUCCUCAACCAUAACCUUAACCAUUAGUGGGGGAAAUGCUAAACUGACCCAAGAUCUUGAGGCAACUUCACCCUACUCCCUCUCUGCAGGUGGUUCACCUCUCUCUAGCCCUAUUCUGAUUGGUCCAGACAAGGCCUACCUGAACUCCAAGGUAGUGUUCCAAUGUAGGUCACCUGGGUCUCCUCCACCAAUCACAUACGAGCUCCUGAAGGACGGCAACCACCUGGUCGCCACGAGCAACGACCUCCAAGACGACCAAUCGGCCACGUUCUCCCUGAAGAUCUCUGUGACGUCAGAAGGAUCGUACCACUGCAGGGUGACGGCAGGGGGAAACACGGGCCUCAGUGGAACGGUCCUCCUGCAAGUAGUGAGUGAGUAGGAGGGUGUGUGUGUGUGUGUGUGUGUGUUAACUAGACUUGUGUGUGUGCUUACAAGUAAGUGGUAGAGUUGUUUCAGUGGAAUAGAUCAUUUCACAACUAAAUGCUUUCAUCCAUCCCCUUCCUCCAUCCACCUCUCCUCCAUUCUCCUCUCCUCCAUCCUCCCCUCAUCCAUCCUCCAUCCAUAACUCCUUCACCAUCCCCUCUCCUCCAUCACCUUCUCCUCCACCCCUCCCCCACCCCACCUCAGUCCCCGUCUCAGGCACCAUGGUGACCUCUGACCCUGAUCCCCCCAUUCUCUAUGAGGGGUCACGGCUCGUCCUCAGCUGUGAUGUCACCAGGGGCUCCCACCUCUCCUACACCUGGUUCUACAACAGACAGGAAGUGACAUCAUCUCCAACCUCACCUUUGACCCCGCUUCUGCUCUGGCCGGUGGGUAACACGCUGGUGGUGGAGAGGGUCACAGCAAAGCAUGCUGGGAAUUAUUCGUGCAUGGCCGGGACCAGGAUAAAGACCAACAGCAGGUUCUCCAGCAGCGGAGAGGUCACGGUCAGGGUCAAAGGUACAACUGCAGAGGUUAAAGGUCAAAGGUUAAGCUUCAACCACAACCAAACUGGACCUGGGGAAUGGAGAUCACAGAGAAUAUUUACACAGAUAACGUAUAAAAUGUUAACUGUGUCAAAUGUUUUCCUUUCCUUUUCUCGCCCUCGUUUCUCUCUCUCUCUCUCUUCCUCUCUCUCUCUCCCUUUCUCUCUCUCCCCCUUUCUCUUUCACUCUUUAUCUCUCUCUCGAUCUCUCUCUCUCUCUCGCUCUUUAUCUCUCUCUCGAUCUCUCUCUCCCUCUCUCUCUCUCGCUCUUUAUCUCUAUCUCUCGAUCUCUCCCUCUCUCUCUCUCCCUCUCUCUCUCUCUCUCUCUCUCUCUCUCUCUCUCUCUCUCUCUCUCUUUAUCUCUCUCUCUCCCUCAGCCUACCUCUCCGUACCCCAAAUAUCCUUCACCAUCUCCAAAGAGGGUUCGAGUUACCUUGGCAAUGUGACCUGCAGGUCAUCAAGGGGAACCCCUCCCGUGACCUUCUACUUCUUCCUUGAUGACAAGGAGAUGGGUUCCGACGUGGCAAUGGAGUCGCUGGUUGCCUGGUUCCCCGUUGCCAUCGUUCCCGGGCGUGACAUGGGCGUGGUGCAGUGUAGAGUGGAGAGUGAUGCACAGAGACUGACCAGCAAACCUCUGACUCUGGAAGUGGGUACGGGCCAAACCUACGUGUGUGUGUGUUGUAGUAUAUGUCAUGAUAGCUGUAUGAGUGUUGUCUGUGGCCAUCCAUCCCUCUCUCUCCCCCCUUCCCAGCCCUUCCUCCUUCUCCUCCCUCCCUCCCUCCCUCUCUUUCUCUCUCCCCCCUUUACAUCCCUCCCUCCCUCCCUCUCUCUCCCCCCUUCCCAGCCCUUCCUCCUUUGCAUCCCUCCCUCCCUCCCUCUCUCUCCCCCCUUCCCAGCCCUUCCUCCUUCUCAUCCCUCCCUCUCUCCCUCCCUCCAGUCCCAGUAGGAGGCUCACCGAAGGUGGAUGUGGAGUACCUCUACAGGGCUGAUUCCAAGAUGGCCGCCGCUCGUCUCCAAUGCCUCCUGAGCCUCGGGACCUUCCCCUUCUUCUCCUGGUCCCUCAACGGCUCCAUCCUCCUUCACCCCUCCGAGGGAGUCUCCUCUCACCCCUCUCACGCCCUGGCAGACGGAGGGCGCACCCUCCUCCUCACCGAGAUCACCCUAGAGGACACUGGGUAUUAUCGGUGCAGGGCGAGGAACAGUUAUGACGUAACGUCCGCCUGGGUGGAAAGCGAACCUGUCCUUGUGCAGGUCACAGGUGAGUUAGGAUGUGUCCCCAAAUGAGUGAGAAUUAGUCACCCAUAGGCCAUAGUCAAAAGUAGUGCACCAAAUAGCGAAUAGGGUUCCAUUUGGGAAGCACCCUUAAUUAUAACUAUUUAUUUAACUGUAUUAACUUGAUGGAUGUUGGCUAGUUUCAUUGACAGGUGAGUUACGUUGAAACAUUACAGGUGUGUUGGUUGUGGUGACCUCUCUCUCCCCUCUCAUCUCUGUCCAUGCAGAAGUUUCCAUGACAACCAUAGAGGUCAUCGCCAUAGUGUUUUGCUGUUUCCUCAUGCUGACCCUGGCCGGGGGCGUGGCCUGUGUGAUGAGGAUGCUCAACCGCCAACGAGGUGUGUGUGUGUUCAGAAUAUGGUCAUUGCUCUUAAAUGUGUCACUUACAGUCUUUCGUUCUCUCUCUCUCUCUCUCUCUCUCUCUCUCUCUCUCUCUCUCUCUCUCUCUCUCUUCCUCCACCGCUCUCUCAGGCAUUGUUGCAAGCAGCGAGCAGAGAGGGAGAGAGAGAGCGGCAAAGUGAGUCCUGUAUUUCUUUAAGUCUAUUGUAGCCUACAGUGUUUUGAAACUAACUAUGUUCCCUUCCAAAACCUCCCUGUACUGUCUCAGAUUAGUGUCACUGCCCUUACAAACACCUCUCACUCUCUCUCUCUCUUUCUCUCUCCCUUUCUCUCUCGCUCUUUAUCUCUCUCUCGAUCUCUCUCUCCCUCUCUCUCUCUCUCUCUCUCUCUCUCUCUCUCUCUCUCUCUCGCUCUUUAUCACUCUCUCGAUCUCUCUCUCUCUCUCUCUCUCUCUCUCUCUCUCGCUCUUUAUCUCUCUCUCGAUCUCUCCCUCUCUCUCUCUCCCUCUCUCUCUCUCUCUCUCUGUCUGUCUGUCUGUCUGUCUGUCUCCCCCUUCAGUGAAAGACGAUUCAGCGAACAUUUCUGCAUCAUCCCAGAUCCACUUCCACUGACUGACAUCACUACCAGGUCAGGGGUCAAGCAAGUGGACACUUCCUGUGUUGACAGCGAUGUCAUAUCCUGUGUUGACAGUGAUGUUGAGAUUCAGGUAGAGUUGAUGCCGCGUUCAAAACAACUGGGAGCUCAGAAGAAAACGAGCUCCGACUGGGAAAAGUCUAUUUGAAAGGUCAUCCAGCUCGAAAUUCCAACUAGGGAACUCUGGCCUCUUUCUAGAGCUCCGACUUUCCGACCUGAAGAUCACUGAUGUCAUGAUUUGACCUCGUAUUUUUCGGAGUUCCCAGUUGUUUUGAAUGCAGCAAUAGUACAGCCAAUAUACUACUGAUAUCAGGUGCAUGAUUUUGAAUCCAGACUCUAGUCGAAAAAUGAGAUUUAAUGACAAAUGAAUAAAACUCUUAUAAAAAUCACUUUUUUGUGAUUUAUAUUUUGGGAAAAUACAACUUUUUAUCAUAACUGUUCUUUCUCUUUUCAGACCCUUGAGAUCACAAUAUAACUGACGUGAUGAAAUAAAACCCAACUUUAGACCAACCAGUUCCUCACAAAAUAAUCCUUCAAUGUAAUUUUAUCCAACAAACUAUAAAAGUUUUUUUCAAUAAUUUCAGCCCAUUUUUCAGAUUGACGUGUUAUAUUUUCAAAACUCAAAACUCACAACACUUGUAAUGUCUUAUGUUCAGAACCUUUGAUUUAACAUUAAUCGUUGCUGAACAAGUUUCCACACUGGAGUGUUUGACACAUUGCUGCGUGCCGCUGUGUUUUCGGAAUACACCUUUUAUUCUGUGAUUUACCCUCCUGCGCCUGACUCCUUCAAAAUCACUCACCACAUCAUCAGAAAUAGGGGUAUUGUGGGAGUAUUGUAGCGCAGUAGGCUACAGUAAAAACGUACUGGUGUAGCAUGGUGUGCCAUUUCUACCCCCUGAUACAUUGUUCAAGAACACCUUUUCUGUGUGACUUGUCAACUGAUACAGUACUGCCUGUCUCUCUGCUUGAAAUUCAUCCAUUUACAGUGUAUCAAUGAAAUUCAGAUAAUGAGUGGAAUAUAUUGUUAUAUACAACUCAGGUAUAAAUAUAUUGUUAUAUACAACUCAGGGAUAAAUAUAUUGUUAUAUACAACUCAGGGAUCAAUAUAUUGUUAUAUACAACUCAGGUAUAAAUAUAUUGUUAUAUACAACUCAGGGAUAAAUAUAUUGUUAUAUACAACUCAGGGAUAAAUAUAUUGUUAUAUACAACUCAGGGAUCAAUAUAUUGUUAUAAACAACUCAGGUAUAAAUAUAUUGUUAUAUACAACUCAGGUAUAAAUAUAUUGUUAUAAACAACUCAGGUAUAAAUAUAUUGUUAUAUACAACUCAGGUAUAAAUAUAUUGUUAUAUACAACUCAGGUAUAAAUAUAUUGUUAUAUACAACUCAGGUAUAAAUAUAUUGUAUAUACAACUCAGGUAUAAACUAUAUUGUUAUAUACAAACUCAGGUAUAAAUAUAUUGUUAUAUACAACUCAGGUAUAAAUAUAUUGUUAUAUACAACUCAGGUAUAAAUAUAUUGUUAUAUACAACUCAGGUAUAAAUAUAUUGUAUAUACAACUCAGGUAUAAAUAUAUUGUUAUAUACAACUCAGGUAUAAAUAUAUUGUUAUAUACAACUCAGGUAUAAAUAUAUUGUUAUAUACAACUCAGGUAUAAAUAUAUUGUUAUAUACAACUCAGGUAUAAAUAUAUUGUUAUAUACAACUCAGGUAUAAAUAUAUUGUUAUAUACAACUCAGGUAUAAAUAUAUUGUUAUAUACAACUCAGGUAUAAAUAUAUGUUAUAUACAACUCAGGUAUAAAUAUAUUGUUAUAUACAACUCAGGUAUAAAUAUAUUGUUAUAUACAACUCAGGUAUAAAUAUAUUGUUAUAUACAACUCAGGUAUAAAUAUAUUGUUAUAUACAACUCAGGUAUAAAUAUAUUGUUAUAUACAACUCAGGUAUAAAUAUAUUGUUAUAUACAACUCAGGUAUAAAUAUAUUGUUAUAUACAACUCAGGUAUAAAUAUAUUGUUAUAUACAACUCAGGUAUAAUAUUAUAAAUGUUAAUAUUUAUACAACUCAGGUAUAAAUAUAUUGUUAUAUACAACUCAGGUAUAUAUAUAUUGUUAUAUCCAACCCAGGUAUUUCAGCAGUGCAUUGUACACCACACUAUAAUUCCAAAUGGUAGCACAUAGAGUGACUUUCCACUUUGUCCUAUUGAAGCACACUGGCUGAUGGAGAAUGAUGGAUGUAGUAUUUACAGCCACAUCCAUAUAUUAUUGGAUUUUACCUUCCAACAUAAAUUGAUGUCAACUGAAACAUUUAUGUACAUUCAUUUUACAGUGUUCAGCAGUUAUGAAACUAUAUAGGUAAACUAAGCACUAUACCAUUUUGGUUCAGUAGUUAUCCGUUUUGAGCAGUUUGAAUAAAUGAUAGUUCAAUGUAUUGUUAACAAAUUACAUGAAAAUCAUAUCAAAAGUAAAGUGAAUAUUGCAUUUUGAAAGCCAGAUACUUAGAUUGAAUAUGUAUGCAGACUGAUAGAACAAUUUGGUGCAGUGAACAAGUAACUUGGUGAAUUUGUUUGUUGUGCUCAGUCAAUUGAAAAUGUGUUUAGAGUUUUGACACGUGACAUUUUGAUUAGCUGUUUUGAGUUUUGUACUAAGAGUUGUGAAAAUUUACCACAUACUCGUGAAAAUUGCACCAAAGUGAAUGAAAAAAAUUGUAUAUUGUCUUUUCAAAUGUAUUAUGAUACCAUGUUUAUGACUUUUUAAGGAAGAAUUGUUGUCAAUACUGUAACAAUAAAAUGUUUAAUGCUACAUCUCGUGUGUGUUAAUAAAGUUGGGACAUGUUAUGAUUUCGUGGAACUGCAGUUAGAGAGGGAGGGGGGCGUAUACCGCUAUCAGUUCUGUGCACAUGUCAAUGUGUGUGUGUGUCUGGUGUGUGUGUGUGAAGUGGGCGGGCGUGCAGGUUAGUAAGUCCUAACCUUUUUUCAGUUAUUCGUAUCGGUCCCCACACCCUGCUCUCUCUCUCUCUCUCUCUCUCUCUCUCUCUCUCUCUCUCUCUCUCUCUCUCUCUCUCUCUCUCUCUCUCUCUCUCUCCUCUCUCUCUCUCUCUCUCUCUCUUUCGAUCUCUCUGUAUCCACCAUUCAUUCACUCCCACCACCCCCCAUAACCACUUUAACUACAGCACACACACAACAAAUGUAAACACAUUCAAACCUUUACACACACACACACACACAUGAAUGCAAGUCCAUAGCUGCUUCUUCAGUCAAAAACAAACUUCCAUUUCCAGUCUGAUGUUUUCUGGAUAAGAAGGAGAGAAGAUGACUACUUUCAGAACAACAGUAGUAGUUUUACUGGGUGAGUUGUACAGUACUUGUUAUCAUGUCUUUCAGAUGAUUAUUGAAUAGAAUACCAACAGCUUGUCUUCUUUGUCUUCUUCUCUGAAGGUUUCUACACCUUGUGCCAGGAGACAAGUAAGUUUAGUGCCAUUGUCGUAGUUGUGUGUGUGUGUGUGAGUGUGUCUGACUGUGUUGUGUACCUCCUCCCCGUCCCAGGAGCCUCAGUCCUUGGCAGACCGUUGCUGUACGGCCCCUCAACAGCCCUAGAGAAGACUGUAGAAGAAUUCCGGUGUGAAGUGCUGCAUUACCCUAAAGAAGAGGCCAUCCUCUACCAGCUAUUCAGGUGGGAGUUGCUGUAUUGUAGCGAAUUCAAGAGGUUAGCCCUGACCGAGACUCAAACCCGGGUCCAGCGCCUGUCAACCCAGAACCGUAGUCGUUACGCCACGAGAUCCGAUUGCGAACCGCUUGACGAGGUUGCUAGGUGUUUGGUUAAGAUCGCUACAAUAUCUACCCUAAGCCCCUAACUACUGGAGAUCUGAAAGGAGGUGUUGUCAAUAUGAAUAUAUCAGAAGGCAAGAUGAAGCUAAACAAUCCACUGCAGUGCCUAGGGGGGUAGGGUUCUAGGGGUCAAUUUGAAACUCACAUGAGACAAGACCUUAAAGAUGCACUAUGCAGAAAUCGCUCCGCCAUUUCCUGGUUGUUAAAAUUCUAAUAGUUCACCUAAUUUCAGUUUAUGUGACAAAACAAGCAUGUAUAGUGUAGAGAAUCAUUGUAUUUGUAUUCGUAUUUAUUAUGGUUCCCCAUUACUCUUCCUGGGGUCCAGCAAAAUGAAGGCAGUUAUACAAUUUUAAAAACAUUACAAUACAUUCACAACACACUGUGUGCCCUCAGGCCCCUACUUCACCACUACCACAUAUCAACAAUACAAAAUCCAUGUGUACGUGUGUGUAUAGUGCGUAUGUUAUCGUGUGUGUGUAUGCAUGUGUCUGUGCCUAUGUUUGUGUUGCUUCACAGUCCCCGCUAUUCCAUAAUGUGUAUUUUUUAGGGCUGUCAAAAAUAGCGCGUUAACGACGUUAAUUAGUUGUUUGCUGUUAAUUACGUCAAUUUUUUUAACGCAUUUCACGCAUGCGCAGUGUGACAAAUUAUUCAGGUCAGGAAAGUGGUUGGGAGCUAGAGGCGAGAUGGAGCAAGGUGAGCCUAUUGACGGAUUCAAAUAUAAAAAGAAUGAUGAUGGUACAGUUAACAAGUACAAGGUUAUUUGCAAGAUUUGUAAGAAGGAGUUUCAAUUUCACCGGAGCUGUUCAAGCUUGAAGUACCAUGUCAACGCCAAACAUGCGUUUGCUGGGCCGUCAGAUUCAGCAAGUGGUUUGCGCCAGACCACGCUGAAUGUUUGCAGGCAAUUAACAAAAUCAACCUCAGAUAAUUUGACCAACACAAUAGCAAAAUGGAUUGCAAAGGAUUGUAGACCCAUUAGCAUUGUAGAAGACUCAGGUUUCCUUGAUGUUUUGCAAGUGGCGUCUCAAGACUCAUUCUAUAAGCCACCGUCAAGAGCCACAGUUAUGAAGAAAAUCCACGAGUUCUAUGAAAACGAAAAAGAAAAAAGGAAAGAGGUCUUGGCUCAAGUAAAUCAUAUCGCCCUGACAGGAGACCAUUGGACAUCAGUGAGUAACAACAAUUACCUCGGAGUAACUGCACAUUUAAUCAGUGACACGUGGGAACUGAAGUCUUUUGCGCUGACUAUAUUAAAAACUGAGGAGCGUCAUUUUGCGGAGGCUUGUAAAGAACAGUUCCUGUCUGUUGCACGUGAGUGGGACAUCGUAUGCAUUUCAGAAAAAAAAUGGUUAGGAUUCAGGUGUAAUUGCAAAUAGUGAUUAAUCAUGAUUAAUCCACAGAAAAUUCUGAUUAAUUUGAUUAAAAAUUUUAAUCAUUUGACAGCCCUAGUAUUUUUAUCUGUUUUUUUAAAUCUAAUUUUACUGCUUGCAUCAGUUACUUGAUGUGGAAUAGAGUUCCAUGUAGUCAUGGCUGUAUGUAGUAAUGUGCGCCUCCCAAAGUCUGUUCUGGACUUGGGGACUGUGAAGAGACCUCUGGUGGCAUGUCUUGUGGGGUAUGCAUGGGUGUCCGAGCUGUGCACCAGUAGUUCAAACAGACAGCUCAGUGCAUUCAACAUGUCAAUACCUCUCAGAAAUACAUAAAUGAGCCAGGAGAGAUUGACAUGUACAGUCGUGGUCAAAAGUUUUGAGAAUGACACAAGUAUUGGUCUUCACAAAGUUCGCUGCUUCAGUGUUAUGAGAUAUUUUUGUCAGAUGUUACUAUGGUAUACUGAAGUAUAAUUACAAGCAUUCCAUAAGUGUCAAAGGGUUUUAUUGACAAUUACAUUAAGUUUAUGCAAAGAGUCAAUAUUUGCAGUGUUGACCCCUCUUUUUCAAGACCUCUGCAAUCCGCCCUGGCAUGCUGUCAAUUAACUUCUGGGCCACAUCCUGACUGAUGGCAGCCCAUUCUUGCAUAAUCAAUGCUUAGAGUUUGUCAGAAUUUGUGGGUUUUUGUUUGUCCACCCGGCUCUUGAGGAUCGACCACAAGUUCUCAAUGGGAUUAAGGUCUGGGGAGUUUCCUGGCCAUGGACCCAAAAUGUCGAUGUUUUGUUCCCCGAGCCACUUAGUUAUCACUUUUGCCUUAUGGCAAGGUGCUCCAUCAUGCUGUAAAAGGCAUUGGUCGUCACCAAACUGUUCUUGGAUGGUUGGGAGAAGUUGCUCUCAGAGGAUGUGUUGGUACCAUUCUUUAUUCAUGGCUGUGUUCUUAGGCAAAAUUGUGAGUGAGCCCACUCCCUUGGCUGAGAAGCAACCCCACACAUGAAUGGUCUCAGGAUGCUUUACUGUUGGCAUGACACAGGACUAAUGGUAGCGCUCACCUUGUCUUCUCUGGACAAGGUGUUUUAUGGAUACCCCAAACAAUCGGAAAGGGGAUUUAUCAGAGAAAAUGACUUUACCCCAGUCCUCAGCAGUCCAAUCCCUGUACCUUUUACAGAAUAUCAGUCUGUCCCUGAUGUUUUUCCUGGAGAGAAAUGGCUUCUUUGCUGCCCUUCUUGACACCAGGCCAUCCUCCAAAAGUCUUCGCCUCACUGUGCGUGCAGAUGCACUCACACCUGCCUGCUGCCAUUCCUGAGCAAGCUCUGCACUGGUGGUGCCCCGAUCCCGCAGCUGAAUCAACUUUAGGAGAUGGUCCUGGCACUUGCUGGACUUUCUUGGGCGCCCUGACGCCUUCUUCACAACAAUUGAACCUCUCUCCUUGAAGUUCUUGAUGAUCCGAUAAAUGGUUGAUUUAGGUGCAAUCUUACUAGCAGCAAUAUCCUUGCCUGUGAAGCCCUUUUUGUGCAAAGCAAUGAUGACGGCAUGUGUUUCCUGGCAGGUAACCAUGGUUAACAGAGGAAGAAUAAUGAUUUCAAGCAUCACCCUCCUUUUAAAGCUUCCAGUCUGUUAUUCUAACUCAAUCAGCAUGACAGAGUGAUCUCCAGCCUUAUCCUCGUCAACACUCUCACCUGUGUUAACGAGAGAAUCACUGACAUGAUGGCAGCUGGUCCUUUUGUGGCAGGGCUGAAAUGCAGUGGAAAUGUUUAUUUGGGAUUAAGUUCAUUUUCAUGGCAAAGAGGGACUUUGCAAUUAAUUGCAAUUCAUCUGAUCACUCUUCAUGACAUUCUGGAGUAUAUGCAAAUUGCCAUCAUCAAAACUGAGGCAGCAGACUUUGUGAAAAUUAGUAUUUGUGUCAUUCUCAAAACUUUUGACCACGACUGUAUAUUAUUAAUGCUAGAUCUCUGUGUACAUCCAAGGGCCAGCUGUGCUGCCCUGUUCUGAGACAAUUGUAAUUUUCCUAAGUCCCUUUUUGAGGCACCUGACCACACGAGUCCAGGUGCGACAAAACUAGGGCCUGUAGGACCUGCCUUGUUGAUAGUGCUGUUAAGAAGGUAGAGUAGCGCUUUAUUAUGGACAGACUUCUCCCCAUCUUAGCUACUGUUGUAUCAAUAUGUUUUGACCAUGACAGUUUACAAUCCAGGAUUACUCCAAGCAGUUUAGUCACCUCAACUUGCUCAAUUUCCACAUUAUUUUUUACAAGAUUUAGUUGAGGUUUAGGGUUUAGUGAAUGAUUUGUCCCAAAUACAAUGCUUUUAGUUUUAGAAAUAUUUAGGACUAACUUAUUCCUUGCCACCCACUCUGAAACUAACUGCAGCUCUUUGUUAAGUGUUGCAGUCAUUUCAGUCGCUGUAGUAGCUGACGUGUAUAGCCAGUGGCAUGUUGUUAGUAUGAAAAUGUAUGCACUCACUAACUGUAAGUCACUCUGGAUAAGAGUGUCUGCUAAAAUGACUAAAAUGUAAUAUGUUAGUAAAGAUUGAAAAAAGUAAGGGGCCAAGACAGCUGCCCUGGGGAGUUCCUGACUCUACCUGGAUUAUGUUGGAGAGGCUUCCAUUAAAGAACACCCUCUGAGUUCUGUUAGACAGGUAACUCUUUAUCCACAAUAUAGCAGGGGGUGUAAAGCCAUAACAAAUACGUUUUUGCAGCAGCAGACUAUGAUCGAUACAUUUCAAAAGCCGCACUGAAGUCUAACAAAACAGCCCCAACAAUAUUUCUAUCAUGAAUUUCUCUAAACUGCUGUGAAAUAUAUUUUCCAUAACCAAAAAUAUUGUAUUUUCAGCUGUUUGAAACUGGUGUACAAAACCGAAAGUAAAAGAUGCAAAAACAAAACUUAAGAACGGGAAGCAUAGAAAUAGUGAACAUAGCACAGAUCUACCGCUUCUGAGACAUUUCUAUGUGAAUUUGGUCGGGUCGCCCAAAAAGUUACAUGUUGCAGCUUUAAGGUUCUACAGAGCCCUGUCAAUGUAAUGCCAUGUAAAGAACACAAUAAAUUAUUAAUGUUAUGUAUCCACUCAAUUACUGUAAUCUGUCCUCAGGGAAGGUGACCGGUCCAAGACCUUAGCGUUCCACAGUGCUCUGUCUGGUGAGAUGGCCAAUUUCCCUCUGUUCAUCACUGCUUCCUACGAGGGCUACCUGGUGUGUGUGGCCAGCGUCCAGAACAACACAGCAAUACAACCCACCGUCAGCCAAAGACACUACCUCAGAGUAGUCGGUGAGUCGUAGGUCCUGUAUAAAUACUUUGUUUUGUCCUCAUAGAACUAAAAUGUCCUCAUAGAACUAGAAUGUCCUCACAUAACUAGAAUACUUAGAACAUAGAACAUAGAACUAGAUAAUGUCCACUGUCAGCAGCAGACACUUCCUCAGAGUGGUCAGUGAGUUACGUCAUGAAGAGGUUGAGAAACUAACAAUUUGUAUGGUUUCCUGCUUGUUUGUGGCCUCUGUCCUCUAGAACUAGAAUGUCCACAUAGAACUAUAAUGUCCUGAUAUAACUAUAAUGUCCUCAUAGAACUACAAUGUCGUCAUAGAACUAGAAUGUCCUCAUAGAACUAGACUAGAAUGUCUUAUAGAACUAUAAUGUCCUUAUAGAACUACCAUGUCCUCAUAGAACUACAAUAUCCACAUAAACUAGAAUGUCCUGAUAGAGCUAUAAUGUCAUCAUAGAACUACAAUGUCUUCAUAGAACUAGAAUGUCCUCGUAGAACUACAAUUUCUUCAUAGAACUAGAAUGUCCUCAAAGAACUAGAAUGUCCUCAUAGAACUAGACUAGAAUGUCUUUAUAGAACUAGAAUGUCCUCAAAGAAUUAGAAUGUCCUCAUAGAACUAGACUAGAAUGUCUUUAUAGAACAAUAAUGUCUUCAUAGAACUAGAAUGUCCUAAUAGAAUUAAAACGUCUUCAUAGAACUAGAAUGUCCUCAUAGAAUUUGAAUGUAUUUAUACAAACUACAAUGUCUUCCUAGAAUUAGAACACAACAUUAUGGUUCUGUGUGUUCUCCCACAGUACCAGUGAAUGGUGCGGAGGUUGUAGUCCAGUCAGGGUCUGUGGAGUUCUACGAAGGGAAGCCGCUGUCUCUACGCUGUAACAUCACCAAAGGGAACCAUGUCUCCUACCAUUGGCUGGUGGAUGGGAAGCCCCUCCCCCUGUCUCCUUUACACUAUCAGGCACAGGAACAACUCUUCUUCUACAGGUACUGUAUUGUGGAUGGUCUGUUAUCACUGGGCUGUCUGGUCUCUAUAUGUCUGUCUUGUGUUUGUCUUGAAGAGGUUCACUUUUGCACACCUGAAGAGGCAUCUUAGAUCAUUGGUGCAUUGGAUAUGCAAAAACUGACGAGAACUGAUACACACUGUGAAUACAUUCAGAUUAAACAUUCAUUGACAAAUACAUAAUUCCAGUCACAUAGACCUUCGUCAAGGUUUUAUUAUUUAGCUUCUUGAAAAUAUGUGAAAUCUCACUGGAAAUAUUGUUGACAAUAUCUGUAUUUGUAUGCACUACUACAGGAUGAUUCCCCAGGACAGUGGGGUGUACACCUGUGUUGCUACCAACCAACUCAACCUUACCAAUGUCUACUCCUCCAGGAGCAUCGCCCAGGUCAUCAAGGUCAAAGGUCAGAGGUCUGGGGUAAUUUGUGUCACAUAAUUAUGGUGUAGGGUGAAGUUGCCCCUAGACACUGAUCUUGAGUCAGUUUAGCAUUUUCCCCACUAAUGGUUAAGGUUAGGCUUGGGAGAGGAGAAGCUGAUCCUAGAUCUGUACCUAGGGGAAACUCAUAGAGAUAGGGGACUAGUGCCCAAAAGCCUUGUUUAGUAUGGGCAGCAACAUAGAGGAAUUUCACCAUAAUUCCAUCCAGGUCAUCAGCCAAUGAAUGAUGCUCGUGAGCAAACAUUCCAUAACUGCAGCUGACAGUAAAUCCGCAACCUUGGCUUUUUUAUUUAAUUUAACUAGGCAAGUCAGUUAAGAACAAAUUCUUAUUUACAAUGACGGCCUACCCCGACGGGACUCCCAAUCAAGGCCGGAUUGUAUCUGGAAUCUAACCAGGGUCUGUAGUGAGAUGCAGUGCCUUAGACCGCUGCGCCACUCGGGAUCCCGCUUUAUACCUGUUCAAACAACACACUCCAGGUGGCAGUAUGCAACCUUUCAGUUUGUUUACCAACACACAGAAGUAGUAGAAGAAGAAAAUGGACUACUUCAAUAUGGAGAUGGCAUCUAUGGCGCUGCCCGUGCGCUCACAGAUGCCAUAAUGGGACCGGUACAAAGAAGAGUCCUCUAUCAUUCUUUAUGGUUCCCAACCUUUUCGGUGACUGUACCACCAACUGAAUUUUGCUCGGCCCGGAGUACCCCUCAUGUGCAUUUUACCAGUAGGCCUAUGGUCUCAUGAGUCUUCUCAAGUACUCCCUGUGAAUAGGCCAAGUACCCCUAGGUGUCCUAGUACCCCAGGUUGGGAACCACUGCUCUAUGGGGACACUUCACCCCGGAGCUAGAAUUAGGGUGGCUUGGGGUUAAAUGGCCCCCAGGGUUAAACACAAUUCCCUCCUGUAAUUCUCACAGAAACCACUUUAUGUCACCAACACUUUCCCUGGAUGCCACUAGUCUUUCCCUGGAUGCCACUAGUCUUUCCCUGGAUGUCACUAGUCUUUCCCUGGAUGUCACUUGUCUUUCCCUGGGUGCCACUAGUCUUUCCCUGGAUGUCACUAGUCUUUCCCUGGAUGUCACUAGUCUUUCCCUGGAUGUCACUAGUCUUUCCCUGGAUGUCACUAGUCUUUCCCUGGAUGCCACUAGUCUUGCUCAACUAAAAAUGUCAUCCGUCUCAUCACAACUUUUUAAGUCAAUCCAACAAAAACGAUUUUGAGGUACAUUGAUCUAAUAUUUUUCUCAUUUAGAAAAAGUUACAUAUUAAAUCUGAUGAAGUUUGAUCUAUAAACGUUCUAUAUAUACACUGAGCGUACAAAACACUAGGAACACCUGCUCUUUCCAUGAAAUAAGUUGUACAUUUUCCUGUGUGGCUAAGUUGGUAGAGCUUGGCGCUUGCAACGCCAGGGUUGUCGGUUUGAUUCCCAAGGGGGACCAGUACAAAAAAGGAUGCACUCACUAUAGUAAGUUGCUCUGGAUAAGAGCGUCCGCUAAAUGACUAAAAAUGUCAACGUAGACCGGGUCACCAGGUGAUUCCAGGUGAAAGCUAUGAUCCCUUAUUGAUGUCACCUGUUAAAUCCACUUCAACCAGUGUAGUUGAAGGGGAGGAGACGGGUUAAACACCCCCUUUCUAAAGUUUCUGUUUUUAUUGAAGAACACAGACGUGUUCUUCAAUAAAUGUGUUUGCCUAAGUAUAGAGACAGUGUGUUGGGCCAGUAACCGAAAGGUCGCUGGUUUGAAUAUCUGAGCCGACUAGGUGAAAAAUCUGUCUGUGCCCUUGAGCAAGGCACUUACCAUAACUGCUCCUAUAAGUUGCUCUGGAUGAGAGUGUCUGCUAAAUGUAAAAUGUUAACCAGUAUGCACAUAUAUCUAAGUCUUACCAAACUUUGCUUUUUUCAGUCAGAAAAGAGACAUUUCCCUUAAGGGGGGCGUUUUCCACAAAGUUACCCUAUCUCUCGUAUAUAGGGCAGGAGUUUUCCCUGGUCAGGUCCCGCGGUCAGCAAAACCUCACCCUGCGUAUUUCUCAAAGCUCCUGACAGCUAAAAUAAUUUCUGUCAUAAGUCUGUCAGUGGGUUGUAUUCAAUCAAACCCUGUAUUCAGAUGAUAUCUUGUUCAAAACUCUCUCUCUCCAUCCAUCCUCUCCUCUCUUUCAGAGCUCGUGUCUGAACCAGACCUCUUCUUCUCGGUACUGAAGGAAGGAGACGGAACCUACUUUGCCCUCGUCACCUGUCAAUCACCUAAGGGGACUCCGCCCAUCACCUUCUCCCUCUACAACAGGUCAGAGUUCGUCACCACGGAGACAGUUGACGAGCGAUUUGCCAUGUUCACUAUUCCAGUGGUUCUAGAUCUCCACAUGGGCUUUCUACAGUGUCAGGCGGAGAAUGGAGACCGGGUGGUGUACAGUCAGUUGACGGCCAUGCACAUUGGUAGGUCUGUCUGUCUGUCUGUCUGUCUCUCUGUCUGUCUCUUUUUCCGACAGUCUGUUUCAAGAAAGGAUUUGACCUGUAGUUCUGUUCUCAGCACUCAAGACCCACUACAAAGCAUUAUAAGGACUUCUCAAUUCUCAUACAUUUUAAAUCAUAAUUUCAUGUUUGCGUCCCAAAUGGCACCCUAUUCCCUACAUAGUGCACAAAUUUUGCUCUGGUCAAAAGUAGUACACUAUGUGGGGAACAGGGUGCCAUUUGGAACGCUGCUAUAUCUACCCCCACCCCAUCCCAGUUCCAGUAGGUGGCGCUGUGACGAUGCACUACGACACCGACGUGGGAGAGAACUUCUCCAUUGUGGGCCUGAGGUUUUACUGUUCUGUGGAGAGGGGAACCUUGCCCUGGUACCGCUGGUUCCUCAACGGAACUGUUCUAGAAGGCCGUGGAGACUUCUACUGGGUUGAGAACCAGCCGGAGCAAUCCAUUUUGUUGUUGUCUGUGGGGUGGAGCAGUGCUGGAACGUACCAUUGUGAGGUGACCGACAGCUUUAAUGGCACUACGGUGAUCAGCAGUGAGGAGAGGUACAUCGAUAGAGAAGGUUUGGUCUGAGAUGAAUCUUUUCUUUUUUCUUAAAUAUAUUUGUUUGUAUUUUUAUUGGCUAGAGAGAGAUUGCUGAAAGAGCAGUGGGCUGGAUUCCAACCCAUGCUGGCAGCGGUACAUUUUACAAAGUGUGUGUGUGUGUGGGUGUGUGUGUGUGUGUGUGUGUGUGCGUGUGUGUGUGUGUGUGUGUGUGUGUGUGUGUGUGUCUGUGUGUCUGUGUGUCUGUCUGUCACAGAGACAUGGCUCUACAAAAGGUUAAUGGUUGUUUGUAAUUCAAUCAAAGCCUGUAUUCAGAUGUUUGAAGUUGUUUUUGUUUGUUUACCUCUUCUUCUUCCUCUGCCAGUGUUGAACCACCUCCCUACCGCGGUGGUGGCUGUUGUGUUUGGCUGUUUCCUCUUCCUGGUUACCUUGGUGACCACCUGUUGUUUCAUUGGACUGCUGUACCGUGAGUUUACACUGUUUUCUUUUUCUCCUCUCUCUUUUGUCUCUCUCACUCCUCUCUCUCUUUUCAGUUUGUCUCUCUGUCUCUGUCGCUCCUCUCUCUUUUCAGUUUGUCUCUCUGUCUCUCUCGCUCCUCUCUCUCUUUUCAGUUUGUCUCUCUGUCUCUCUCGCUCCUCUCUCUCUUUUCAGUUUGUCUCUGUCUCUGUCGCUCCUCUGUCGUUUCAGUUUGUCUCUCUGUCUGUCUCUGUCGCUCCUCUGUCUUUUCAGUUUGUCUCUCUGUCUGUCUCUGUCGCUCCUCUGUCUUUUCAGUUUGUCUCUCUGUCUGUCUCUGUCCUCUGUCUCUCCCCCUCUCUCUUUUUUACUCCACUCAAAUUAAUAUCUUAACCCUAACCCUGUUGCCUGUUUUUCCCACAGGGAAAAUACAGUAUUAUGUCGAAAAGUCUACGUAAGUAAAUUUACUUCCCAUAACAAUCUCAGCCCUGAGAUCUCACCUGUUUAACCAGGUGUAUUUCCAACCACUACAGUGGACAGAUAUUCAUCCCCGUAUUCCUCCAUCUCUCACAGGUUGGAUCUCAGGUUGGGUCUGGAGAUGCACAACAUAAUGGUGUCUGGUGAUGAUGAAGAGUUCCUGGGUCGCUGCAUUAUGGUGGCCGAGGGUGAUAACGAAGUGGUAGGUGUGUGUGUGUGUGUGCGCGCGCGCGAGUGUGUGUGUGUGUGUGUGUGUGUGUGUGUGUGUGUGUGUGUGUGUGUGUGGAAAGAUAAUAAAUACAUACUUCACAUUCAAGUUAAUUUCAAACUUCCCCACAGAGUGUAAAAUAUUCCCCUUCUCUCCCCAUGAAGGAUGAAGAUGAAUACAUGGAGGAUGAGGGAGUGGUGAGAGCAGCCAGAAUCGUUGACUCAGAUCAGGUAAUGUAGCCUAGAUCAAUGAACCAAUCAAUUAAUGAAUCAACUGACCGAUCAAUCAACCAAUCAAUCCAUUCAUCCGUCCAUCCACCAUGAAUCAGUUAACCAAUUAAUCAAUCAACCAAUCAAUCAGACUGAUGUCACUGAUCCACAGGGGGAAGUAGAUUCGACAGACGAGUGGCUGCAGCUUCAACAGGAACUGAAGAAGAAAUCCAGAAAAGAGCUGUUAAAUUCUACAACCACCUAAAAGGAAGCGAUGCCUACACAUUCUAUCACAAAGCCCUCACCUACAGAGAGAUGAACCUAGAGAAGAGUCCCCUCAGACAGCUGGUUCGGGGGCUCUGUUCACAAACACAAAC